UGCCAAAUCCAAAGCAGAAAGAGAUCAGCAAAAUAAAAUCUCUGAAUCUUCCCGUGAUGCAAACCCUAGAAAGGUGUGGCCAUCCAUGGGAGUGGCUGAUUCUUCAGUUCCCAUACUACACAGUGUCUUCCAUUCGUCUCCAUACCCGUCUCUCUCUCUCUCUCUCUCUCUCUGCGCUGCAAUUCGGCGAAGCUGCUUCCCUCGUGAGCGCAUGAUAAUUGGUUGAAGAGGAGGGGGACAGGGGAGGGAUUGCCAACAAUUGAAGGUUAAAAUCUCACAGGAUUAUUACUACUGUAAAGCGAUUUGAUGCCGCCCGCGUCAAGGCAUCUCUGGGUCGGGAAUUUGCCCCACGGCAUUACCGACGUAGACCUCACUCGUCUUUUCUCACGCUUUGGGGAUAUCAAAAGGAUUGCUUUCCUGCCGGGUCGAAGCUAUGCGUUUAUUGACCUGGGAAGCACUGAUGAAGCUGUCUCUGCCAUGGAAGCGCUCGAUGGUUUUGCUGUUGCCGGCAACCCGCUUAGGGUUGAGUUUACAAAGGUGGACAAGUCACCGGCCGCAUCACGUGAUGAGGAACAUCUAGAGCACCGUGACCCACAACGAAGCUCUGAAAGGGCAUUAUCCUUCUCUCAGAAGGACUCAUCCAAAUUUCGCCACGGUGGUGCUGACCGAUAUCAUCCCGAGAAAUCCAAGAUUGCUGAUAAAUCCUCAGAAUCCGAACCAAGUGAGGUACUAUGGAUAGGCUUUCCAGCUCAGCUGAAGGUGGAUGAGACAAUUCUUCGGAAAGCCUUCUCUCCAUAUGGCGAGAUUGAUAAGAUCACUGCAUUUCCUGGUCGAACUUAUGCCUUUGUUCGCUUCAGGGACUUGAUUUCAGCGUGCAGGGCAAAGGAAACUCUGCAGGGAAAACUGUUUGGGAAUCCCCGAGUGCACAUUUGUUUCGCUAGGAGCGAAUCGGGAGGAGGAGGAUCCAGUGGUGGGAAGAGCUCUGUGGCUGCUUCUCUAUCUCCCCGAUUCAAGUCAGGUAUUCAUGACUUUGGUGGCAUGAGAUCUCCUCGUUUCAUUUCAAAAUUGGAAGCAGAAGACCCUGAUAUCUAUACAACAAAUCGGAGGGGUGUUUCGAGAAGCAGUGCUGAUCGUUUGUUUGGAUAUGAUCAGAGGAGGUUUACUGAAGAAAUGUCCGAGGUUGGAUUCUCACCAAAUGUGUAUGAAUAUCAUGGUACUCCAGUGAGAGAGAAAAGGGGCAACUUCCCUCAUUCUUAUCAGAAGGGUCCUGAUUUCGACCCAUGGGAUCUGCCCGAAGAAACUGACCUUUUCCCUGGUGCAAAGAGACAGAGGACAAGUGCUUUCCAUCCUGACAAUGACCUAUUAGAGUAUGACUAUGCUGACCUGAAACAUGAGAGACAAGCUCUCCCUCAAGUAACUUCCGACUUUGUCCAACCUGAGCGAUUCGAUCGAAACACUAAUAAACCCAGUCAUCAUCUAAGGUACCAGGAGAUGCCUGAUAGGCGGUCGAACUUGGUUGCGUCUCAUGGAGAAAGGAGCGAUCAUCUGAGAGCGUAUUAUGAUCAUGUCCAUGUUGGCUCAGGUCAAGAGCAAUCCAUUUCGAUAGAGAGGAAAAGAGUGACAACAGAAUCGAAUGCAACAUCACAGAAAGAGUGGAAAUGGGAAGGGACCAUAGCAAAGGGAGGAAAUCCAAUCUGUCGCGCUCGCUGCUUUCCUGUGGGCAAAUCGCUAGACAUGGUGCUGCCCGAGUUCUUGGAUUGCACAGCUCGAACGAGUCUCGAUAUGCUAUCGAAGCACUAUUACCAGGCGGCAGGUGCCUGGGUCAUUUUCUUCGUCCCAGGAUCUGAUGCUGACAUUGGGUUCUACAAUGAGUUCAUGCACUACCUUGAGGAGAAGCAGCGGGCUGCUGUUGCUAAAUUAGACGAUCGGACUACCAUGUUCCUUGUACCGCCCUCGGACUUCUCUCAGAAGGUCCUGAAAGUACCAGGUAAUCUGAGCAUCUCUGGUGUUGUUUUAAGGCUAGAGAAUCCUCUCGCCUCAAAAGUUGGGUCUCUUAACUGGCCCGAUGAAGUUAGAGAGCGACAUGACCAUCCUGAGCUACUGAGAUCAAGCCGAGAGAGCCUACCUUAUCCGGCAGGCGAUGUGGGGGCAUCUUUAAAACCUGUUGUUGGACAAAGCUUGUCUUCGCACUAUCUCCCAAGCUCGAUUGCUGCACCAAGAAAUAAUGCACCAUUUGAUUUUCCUUCAUCGAGUAACGGCAUCAAUGCUCUUCAGGAGAUGAAAGCCUCGGGUAUUUCAUCGAUCCCUAAUCCGGAGCUUCUCGUGCAAUUGGCAUCAUCUCUCAUUGGGCAGCAGAGGCAAUCCCCAAAUGCUCAAAACGCUCUGAUGGGGAAUCAAAGUCAGCCCGAGAAGCCGUUCAGUGCCCCUGAGGGUUAUAAUUUCUUGAAUAUUAAGGCGAGUUCCGAAGUCCAACCAUAUCAUCCUCAGCAGCAGUCAAAUUUCUCUGCUGUUGCUCCUCCUGUUGCUGCUGCUGCUGUUCCAGCAGAGCUUCAGACAGGGGCCCCUCAGGGAAACCAACAGGUCCCGAGCUCAGGAGUCCAAGAAGGAGACAACGAUCCUCAGAAACGGCUUCAGGCAACGCUUCAGCUAGCAGCUUCCCUGCUUCAGCAGAUCCAACAAGGAAAAGGAACUUAGCAGGCUGCCUACUCGAUAAGUGCAAAACAGUUUGAGAAGCCAAAUGACGAGUUUUAAUCGUCAUUCUUCUGUGAAUCGAAAUGGCCGUAGCUUUACUUGAUAAGGAAUGUUAAUUCUAAGAGAAUUGGUCUCUUCUUUCUUUAGCUUUGUGUUAUAGGAUCUUACAUCGGAUAGCUUCCUCGUUGAUUGCAAUAUGUGUACGUAAGCACUUUUUCAUCAUUCUUUAGUCGUUCAUAUUAUUUCAAUGGAGCCCUGAAAUUAGAAUGUGUCGGUAA